AAUCUCAUCUUUCAACAGAAAACUGUAAAUCCUUUUGAAAAAAAAAAAAAAAAACAUUGAUUCAAAAUGAUUAAUUGCUUACACCCUGUUUGGAAGAACCCCAUAAUUCUUGCUUCCUCUAAUUCUCCAUUUUUCCACAAUUUAAGAAAUACCAAACAACUCAAAUGUGUUGAAAGUAGAAAACUUUACAGUAAAAAAUCAAGAAUUGUGUGUGGAUUUUUACCAGUUGAUCCAUGGGCACCAAAUAUUGAUUCACAAAGCAUAGCUUCACAAUUAUUUGCUUUUUCUCUUUUCCCUUAUGUUGGUUUUUUGUACUUCAUCACCAAAUCCAAGACUGCUCCAAAACUUACACUUUUUGGGUUCUAUUUCUUGCUUGCUUUUGUGGGUGCUACUAUUCCCGCUGGAAUUUACGCGAAAGUGCAUUAUGGAACUUCUCUAUCCAAUGUGGAUUGGUUGCAUGGAGGAGCUGAGUCACUACUCACUUUAACCAACUUAUUCAUUGUGUUGGGACUAAGGGAAUCUAUUAGGAAAGCUGAGAAUUGUGAAGAAAGCAAAACCAAUGAUGCCUCCAGAGUUAUAGAGGAGAAGAAGUCAUCAGUCUAGUUGACAUGUAUAUAUCUAUCAUCCUUUGUUGUUUGUAGACAAUAGUAUAUCAGCGGUUCAAAGAAAAAAAUUGUUUUUCCCUUUGUCCGUCUGGCUUCGCUGGAUAUUUAUCUGGUCAAUUGUAUCUUCACCUCAAGCAUAGUUGCGACAGUCCUAUCUUGAUGCAUCAGUGGAGAAAAAUUGUUGUAUAGAUUGCAUAAAUCGAUGUUAUGAACAGUCAAUGAAGCACACAGUUAAUCUCCA